UUUUCAUCUACUUACAAAGUAAACACACAGAUGACUUCGAUUCUUACAGGCUCUCCGGAAAUAUUUUUUCCACACAACAACCCCAUGUAAUCUUUCAAAAUGGAUGGUUUUAAAGUCGUUACCAAAAAACGAGGAAAGAAAAAACAGCUUGCAACAAAUGUGAAUUGUAAAGAAACAUGUCAUAUUUCAGGAGAUACCCACGACGCGAUUGCUGUGAAGAAAAAGGCGCUCUCAACAAAGGAAAGUUUGUGCUGCACAGAUUUUUACACAGAAAUGAAAGGAAAAGUUGAAGAGUGUAUAAAGAAAGUUACUGUUUCUGACAAAUGUUUAGCUAAGAUUGUUACCUAUGGACUUGGAAACUUUGCCGAAUGUUUGAUCUCGAGAUAUCAGCUGGCUCUUCUGUUAGCCCUCAGAGAGGAUUUACAGAUCUCUCCCCCAGGUGUUCAGCUUUAUGACCCCAAGUUCUUCACGGCUGAGAAGGAAGUUUUGUCAGAGUUUGGAUUCCAUGUUUUAAGUGAAAAUGAGGAAGGAAAGCGAUCAUGUGACAGCUCCACUCUCUUUUAUAUGCCUCACUGUGGGAAGAGUCUGUACAACAAUCUGCUAUUUGCCAACUGGAGUCCAGACCGACUCUGUCAUCUUAUCAUCAUUGGAAACAGUUUCUCUAACAUGAUUCAAAAUUUGCCAAGCAGUACCAUGAAGAAGUGUGCUCCUCUCAUUAUGAAGAUACAGCCAUACAUGGAGGAGAUUUUAUUGCCAGGAAACUUUCAGUACCAGGACGUAUUUAAUGACACUGUCAUCCUUCUGUUUCCACAAGAUAAACUUAAUUCACUGGACUCGGAAUUCUGGGAGCACUGUCCUGAGCCAAAAUAUGAUCCAGAGGAUUUAGAAUUUAUACCCAAAUCUUGAACAUAAAUUAAAUGAAUACUUUCUCACAUACAA